AUGGAUAUGGGAGUCACCCAACGGUACGCCUCAUGCGGGCGACCACAUUUAGCCGCAGGUGAUGCUUGCUGGACAUCUCAGUGCCGAAAGCUGGAAAAGAAGAUCUGUCACCGAGUUGGAGGAAGGAGAAAAGUUGUAUGUGACCACGUCAGAAUGGAGGAUUUCCUGACCACUUGUGGACAGAGGUACGAAGGAUCUGCUACAGGGGAGGAGAACACUGAGGCUGGAGCCGACUGCAUCACAUCUCGAGCGACUGGUAGCCAAUAUCAGUUGCAGAAAGUUUUGCAAGAAGAUCUCCGAAAGUAUAGGCAAUCUAUACUUUUGGAAGCAGCACAAGGAAGGAGAAGGGAGGAGAGCACUGAGGCUGGAGCCGACUGCAUCACAUCUCGAGCGACUGGUAGCCAAUAUCAGUUGCAGAAAGCUUUGCAAGAAGAUCUCCGAAAGUAUAGGCAAUCUAUACUUUUGGAAGCAGCACAAGGAAGGAGAAGUCUAAAAAUGCGGCGCAGGGACCUUCCGGCUACCAUGUUCCGCUGA